AUCAGUCAAUCUUACACCCGACCGAGCCCCUCUCUCUUCUCGUUGCCAUUCCCGAUUCCCAAACGCGCAGCGGCGCAGGCAGCUGCGUUCACGUGUCCCUCCAGCCCCGUAGCGUAGCGCCAUCCAGCUCCAAGCUGUUGCUACAAGAAGCCGCCACAACAACCGCUCCGAACGGCUCACCGGCCGGGCGGCGCUCCCAUAGUCCCAUGGGAGAAGCGACCUAACUUUUCUCGGAUUCUAGCUCGAGUCUGCAGGCGGCUGCUGCUGCUGGUGGUGGUUUCUUGAGAGGCGAGACCCUGAAAGGGAUGGCACUGGAGGCCGUGGUGCUAUCCCAGUCCCAGUUCCAGCAAGGCAGUCGCUUUGGGUGCGGUGCCAUGGCAGCAGGAGGGGCUUGGAGUGAUCUGUUGUUUAGUGGAACGGAGGGGUUGUUCGAGAUGGGUGGCGCCGCCGGCCGCGGCUGGAACGCGGCCGCGAGCUCGCCGCCGCAGCUCCUGCAGGAGCUGGGUGACAACGGUGCUGCCGGCUCACUACCUGUGGCGUCUGCGGGGAGUGCGAGUGGCGGCGCCGGUCAGGAUGCCCCGGCAAUGGCUGCGGCAGCGGCGUCCGGAAGGAGGAAGCGGCGGAGGAUGAGGCCAGUGAAGAACGAGGAGGAAGUGGAGAGCCAGCGGAUGAUCCACAUUGCGGUGGAGCGCAACCGCCGCAAGCAGAUGAACGAGCACCUCGCCGCGCUCCGCUCACUCAUGCCGCCGGCCCACACGCAACGGGGCGAUCAGGCAUCCAUCGUCGGCGGCGCGAUCAACUUCGUCAAGGAGCUGGAGCAGCUGCUGCAGUCGCUGGAGGCGCGGAGGCGUUCCCCGCAGUGCGCUGCCUACGCCGUCGAUCCCGACGACGCGGGGCCGUUCGCGGACUUCCUCACCUUCCCGCAGUACUCGAUGUGCGCCGUCAUUGCGGCCCCAGAGAACACUGGCCACCACCGUGAGGGCGGCGCCGUCGCCGAGCAGGAGGCGUCCGGGUCGAAGCCGUCGGCCGUGGCCGACGUCGAGGCGACAAUGGUGGAGAGCCACGCCAACCUGCGGGUGCUGUCCCGGCGCCGGCCGAGGCAGCUGCUGCGCCUGGUGCUGGGGCUCCAGGGCCACCGCCUCACCGUGCUCCACCUCAACAUGAGCAGCGGCGCCCACAUGGUGCUCUACUCGUUUAGCCUCAAGGUGGAGGAUGAUUGCCAGCUUACCUCCGUGGGUGAGAUUGCGGCUGCGGCUCAUCACAUCGUCGAGAAGAUUAAUGAAGAGCAAAACAAGGCUGCAGCUUAGAAAUUAGAAUAGAAUCAAGAGUGCUUUCCUGCACGCAACCUUUUUAGCUCCUGUAGCAAGUGAAGUGAUUCCUUUUUGUGAGAACGACGAAUAAUGUAUACUAAUCAGCUUACCUCGUCUUCGAAACAGUAAUAUGUAUGUGUAACCAACCUAUCUUUGUGCAUAGAUAAUGUCCAUGGCCAGGCAUGCAUGAA